CUACACACCAAAACUUCAUUCAGAUUAGAAAGUGAGAGUUUGGAUUCUCAAAGACAGAUAUUGAGAUUUUGCACAGAGAGAGAGAGAGAGAGAGAGAGAGAGAUGGGAAGAGCUCCAUGUUGUGACAAGGCAAGUGUUAAGAGAGGGCCAUGGUCCCCAGAAGAAGACACAAAGCUGAAGGAGUACAUAGAGAAGCAUGGAACUGGAGGGAAUUGGAUUGCUCUUCCUCAGAAAGCUGGACUUAAGAGAUGUGGAAAAAGUUGUAGAUUGAGAUGGCUCAACUAUCUCAGGCCCAACAUUAAGCAUGGAGAUUUCUCAGAUGAGGAAGACAGAAUAAUUUGCAGCCUUUAUGUUAAUAUUGGAAGCAGGUGGUCAAUUAUAGCUGCUCAGUUACCAGGAAGGACAGACAAUGAUAUUAAGAACUACUGGAACACCAAGUUGAAGAAAAAGCUCAUGGGUUUGCUUCCUCUUUCUCAUCACAGAAAACAACCUUCAUUUCCAUCCUCUACCCUUCAAAACUCUCCACCCUCUCCUUCAUCUGACCAACUUUACGGAGAGUACUGCACCUACACCCCCUUAACAACCACAUCUUUCACAAGUAAUAUUGAACCCUUUUCCCUCCCUUCAAGUAACUACGCAAGCACAAGUACAACCUCAGUUUCUCACUCCUUUUACCAGAACCAAGACUCCAUGCAACAAUGCUAUCACCCUACGAGAGACAACAACAUGCUCAUGUUUGGAAGCGAAGGAAGUUGCAGUACUUCCUCUGACGGAAGCUGCACUCAAGGCAGAGAAAUUAUCAAGCAAGAAGAAAUUGGUUACCACAGCUACAAUAAUGAUUAUAACUUUAUGCUUAAUCACAGCAACAAUAUUAAUGAUGGAGAAAAGUCAUGUUUUGGUGAGUGGUUUAGCCAAACACUACUAACACCGUUGGAUUAUGAUCUUGAGGAUAUUAAGCAAUUGAUUAGUAGCAGCAGUAGCACUGCUAGCUUCAAUAAUGUUGAUGAAAACAAGACAGAAGAGAAGGCCAUGUACUACUACUACUACUAGUGCCUGCAAACUGAUGAUGAUGACUGAAUCUGACUACUGGUAAAAGAUAUGAUGAUGGAGAAAGGGUAUGUUAAGUUGGUGUGGCAAAGAUUCAGAAAAAAAAAAAUUGAUGAGAUCUUCUGGGGUUCUGCGUUCUCUGAUGAAACAUUUCUUGUUUUGACAGUACAUGGUAAAAGCUUCUCUUAUAUUUUGUGCAUAUCUUCUCGGAAUGGGUGAUGAUGAUGAGCACAACGAUAAAGAAGAAAAAGAAGAUGUUGUUAGAUUUUUUUUUUGUUAAGUAUUCUCUCCUAAUCAGAUAUUAAUGUUGUGAAAAAACACUCAAUGAUCAAUUCAAAUUAUUUUAUAUCAGAGAUUAUAAUUAUAUAUAUAA